AGAGAGAGAGAGCGUGCCCUCCCGAACCAAACACCAACGGCUCGCGACAAGAAGAAUCCGCUCCCAUUAACGGCGCCGCACUAGUCUCCCUGAGCUAGCAGGGAAGGGAGACCGGGGCGAUUUGGGGGAAGCAGAGGGCGAGGUGCGAGAUGGGGUCCGGAUCUUUCCUCAAGGUGCUGGCCAAGAACUUCGACAUCCUCGCCGGGCCCCUAGUUUCACUUGCUUAUCCUCUAUAUGCCUCUGUGAGAGCAAUCGAAACAAAAUCUCAAGUAGAUGAUCAGCAGUGGCUCACUUACUGGGUGUUGUAUUCGUUUAUCACUUUGUUUGAGCUCACUUUUGCUCCAAUACUUGAAUGGCUUCCUUUCUGGCCCUAUGGAAAGUUGUUCUUCAAUUGCUGGCUAGUUCUACCUUGCUUCAAUGGUGCUGCUUAUGUUUACGACCAUUUUGUGCGGCCAAUGUUUCUGAACCGCCAAAUAGUCAACAUCUGGUACGUCCCAAGAAAGGAUAAGUUAAGCAAACCUGAUGAUGUACUCUCAGCUGCAGAGAAAUAUAUUGAACUAAAUGGGCCAGAAGCAUUUGAGAAGCUAAUUAGCAAGUCUUCAAAGCCUUCAAACUUUAGGAGCAGGAGGCUGUCGGUCUUGCAGGAGGCAAAAGCUGAUAGAACAGGCAAGGCUGAAAGAGAGUCGUGGGGUGAAAAUCCAUUCUACGAUAAAAGUUACCGACACUAAAAUGACCUGCCCUUUUCAGCCAUCCACUCAUCAGUCUUCGUGGAUCUGCCCUAGGAGGAACCUACCACGCCUCUAACUUGAGGAUUGUAUUCUGAUGCGUCUACUUCGGAGUAUAUCAGUAUCUGGUCCUGGAACUGUGGGAUGGCUGAAUUAUUGUAAAUAGCUAGUGUCAACAAUUUCCCUUGUUAUUUGGGUUAAUGUAAUGUUGAUUUGCGUGGUAGUGACAGCUUCGGCGGUUAAGCUAGUCCUGUGUAAGGGUAGAUACCGUGGCCAUAAAAUACCAAAGACUGUUGGUAUGAUGGCAUCCCUAUUUCUUUGCUCUGCAUAUGCCUUAAUCAGACAUUUCCUGAUUGGAACAUGGCAAUUUAUGUUAGCACUUGCAGCCUUGAAGCACUUUGAAUAGACAUGAAGAACAAUGUGGUUUUGCUA